UUGAUUGGCAGAUUUUCCCCACAGUGAAAACAGCGGAGCUCCUGUUUUUUUUUAUUUCAUUUUUUUAUUUUUUGACAGAAAUUGGAUUAAUUAACUGGUAGGAACUGUUUGGGAGCUUUUUAAUGAGUCAUAUGCCCGGAUAAAAGCUGAGAACACGCGCCGCGGUGAUAUCCUCUCCCGGCGGUAGCUUCGGACCGUCGGCUAGCCGGUUAGCUGGUCCCGAGUGACGGGGAGAAAGAAGCCCUGCUGUGUGGGAGGGUGCUAGCGUUGGGACCUUAGGCAGCUGAUGCUAAACUCAAAGGAAAGGUGGGCCAUUUAAAAAGCCAGUAAGUCGAAAUUACAUUUGUUUAUUUUUUGUUGAAGUAAGCUAGUUAGCGCUUUGCUGCUGCUAACGAACUUGAGCAUCUGGGAGUAACUUUAGCAAACGUAGCUAGAAAAAAAAGAUGAGCACCGAAGAGACAGCAGCGUCCAACAAACCUGCUCCUCCUGAUGAUGAUGGCAUGACCUGGUGGUACAGGUGGCUCUGCAAAAUAGCUGGCGUUUUGGGAGGAAUAUCCUGUGCUGUCUCAGGAGUGUGGAACUGUGUCACUGUGAACCCUUUAAACAUCGCUGCCGGGGUGUGGAUGGUGUUGAAUGCCUUCGUGCUCUUCCUUUGUGAGGUCCCGUUCUGUUGCCAGUUCGUAGAGUUUGCUAAUGCAGUGGCGGCCCGGGCAGACAAACUCAAACCCUGGCAGAAAGCCUUCUUCUACUGCGGGAUGGCACUGUUUCCCAUCUUCUUGAGUUUUUCCUUCACUACCUUGUUUGGAAAUGCCAUCGCCUUUGCCACAGGAGUCCUGUACGGCCUCGCGUCCUUAGGCAAAAAGGGGGACGCUGUGACUUACGCCCGACUGCAGCAUCAGAAACAGGGGGAUGAAGAGAGGAUGGCAGGAACAGCAAAUGGAGCUCCAGAGUGAGGAACACAUCCUCUUCUCACUUUUUUUUCUUUCCUCCGUUCUGAAACUUGGGAUCUCCCCCGCCCGCCGUUGUCCCUCCAUCCUACCUCCUCUUUCAGUUACACUACAGAGCAGUUUCAAUGUUUAUUUAUUGAUUUGUUGCACUUUAAUUGAAAUCAACUCAUUGUUCGGUACCCUGACAGGAUUCAUCACACUGGCACUAUAUUUUACAGUAUUUUUUAAAAAUAUUUUUAAGUCUUUUGAUUGGUCAGACUUGUUUCUGUUUAUUAUUAGCUGCAGUUAUCAGCCUUAAACCUUUUUAUUUUCUGCUAAAACUGGACUGUGUUGCUCCGAAGCCUUUUGGGAAAAUUGAGAAUUCACACGACUGACUUGAGCUUACUGUGAUUCAGAGCUGUGUGGCGGUGGGAGUGCAGCGCAUAAUGAUGAGAUCAGACUUGCUGUUGUUGUACUUUUAGUAGCAUGUUCCAGUUUAGUUCAUUAGCCAUCCAGUCAGAGUGGGUGGAAAUGUUGCAUUGACAGCAAAACACACCAGCAGAAACAGAGGCACAUUUUAUGCAUUUAAUGAUGUAGCUGAAGGGCAGCAAGUGUCACAAAACAGGACACAACUAUAUAUUUACAAGAGUUACUGAUUUAUUGUAGUGUUGAUUUCCAAACUGUAAAAAUUCAGUUUUACCGGAGUAAAAGGAUAGCUAAUGUAUUGUUGGUGGUUUAAAAUGAUUUUAUCUUAUAUACUCGUGCCACAGAGUGCUUCAGAGGUCUGAUCGCAAAGUCUUAAAGUUUGACAUUAAUUCAACAUUUCAGUUAGGCUCUGAAUAAUACAGGGACCUCUGGGGGCCACAGUAGAAAUAACAUUUGAAGGCUUAAGAAUCAGUUUGCUUACUUUAUGAUGUUGUGUACAAAGAUUCAGGAUCCAUAUUCUAAGUUCAGGAUUUUUUGACAGAUGUUCUGGGAUCACUAAACAAAUCAUCAAACCAAUAAAACAAACAUCACUUCCUCAACUGCAGAAAAGUAGACAUUUUACUACAUUUUAUUCUAUUCAAAACUGUUGAACUUUCAUAAAGUACAGCACAGAUUGUAAUUUUCUAAAAUAUACAAACUGCUGUGUUUCUGAUUAAACUGGUGACAUUGGAUAAUUUCUUUUUUAAUCUUGUGGCCGCGUGAUAAUUUUGAGCACCACAUCUCUUUGUGAGAGAUACAGAUGUUGUUGGAGUCAUAUUUUGAUUUGAUUUAAUGAUUUAUUCCAGACAUGUCAAAUCAUCGAAUCUAUAUAACUCAAUAUACCCUUUCCCAUAUCUACAAACAAAAAAUAAAUAAAUAAAACCACUUGGACUAAUUACACAUAAAUAAAUAAACCCAAAAUAAUAAACACCUGAUGUGCACACACCUAUCUGUGUACACAUACCCUAAUACCUGCACUCACAUAAAGCACAUAAAUCCCAUUAACAUGUCUGAAAAGGGGUAGGAAGAAUUAAAACUUAUUUAAUCCUACCCCUAUUCACCAUUUCAUCUGAUUUUCAGAGUAUUAUCAGUUUGUGAUGAAAACAAAACGAACAACAAAAACAAAUAAAGUAAUACACAAGGUAAUCCAAUAUUAUUCUAAUACUAAAUUUCAAGUUAGAUACUUCUUGAUAUUUUAGCUUGCACAUACUGAAUAUGAGGUUUCCAGCAGAUCUUCUGGUCAAUCACCACACCCAGAAGCUUAAUUUCAUUAACUCUGUCCACAUAUACAUCCUCAAAUUCUAUUUUAAAAUCACUAUUUCCUUUAUGAUUUCCAAACAACAUAAUUUUAGUUUUAUCCAAAUUUAAUGAUAAUUUAUUUUUAUCAAACCACUUUUUUAAUUUAUUUAAUUCUGAGGUGAUUACCUUCACAAGCUGCUGUAAAUCCUCCCCCUCACAGAAAAUAUUUGUAUCGUCCACAAAGAGAACAAAUUUGAAUGCUUUAGAGACUUUGCAUAUAUCAUUUAUAUAUAAAAUAUAGAGUUUAGGUCCCAACACUGACCCCUGGGUCAAAGUAUUUUAAAUACUUAUUUUUGUUUUGAACUGUUCAAACGUAGCUUAACCUACACUUAUUAUUAUCAUGAUUUGGUGUAUAAUAAUAUAAAUGGUUCAUCAUUCGUAGUAAGCUAUUUAUGAGAUGAUAAUGAACAUACUAGCAGCCAAGGCUCAUUGUGAGAGAGGAGCCUGUUUUUAAGUGUUGAGCUUCAAUAAAAGAAAUUUAACGCUUUUUGGGUGAAUAAAACUCCAGCUGUUACCUAUGUUUUAUAGCUGCAACAUAUAAUUCUAAGAAUUAUGUAAUUUAUUCUUAUAUUAAAAUAAACCUAAUUCAGAUUUGUCCACAAGCAGCAGUCUCUACAUGGAUGUGACUAAUAAUUAUCUCAUGGCCAUGACACAAUUGUCCCGUGGUCACGUGUUAUUAUCGCGUGGUGACACGCUAAAGUUUUUUACUAUCCAAUGUCACCGGACCGGCUCCGUAGAAAACAGGCAAUAUGUUGAUGUUUUUGAAUAUUGCAUCCUCAUCCUGCAGUUUGUAAAUGAUUUCUAACCUCUUGUCUAAACUGAAAACAAAACACAGCACCUGCUGCUCAUAUAUCACUCUGAAAAUGUACGAAUGAUUUCCUAAACUGUUUAAAUUGAUUCUUAUGGCUUCAGGUUUUACUUUAACCCAUGACCACUAGAAGUCUUUGUAGAAAACAGCCAUUGAGUCUUUAUAAAAUCAGUUUUUAAAGGGAACUGUUCGGGACAUCCACCUGAAUGACUGUUAGACCUUAAAUGUAACAAAAAUCUCUUUAAACAGUGGAUCUUUUUUGUUCUCGUUAAAAUAACAGAACAGACUUUCCUUGAAUAUCUAUUAAACCUUUCACCAGAUCAUUUCUAACAUUUUUGUUGCAUCUCAAAGCUUCCUGUAGUUUAGGGCGUUAAAAAAAUGGUAAAACAGGAAGAAAAAAAAUCCAUUAAUACCUGCAGGUUUAUAAGAGCUGUUUAAUCCAAAUGACUAAAACAACUGAUUAGUUUUUAAAUGAUUUCAUGACAAAUAUUUGGUUUGUGUUUUUGUUUUGUUUUGUUUUAAAGGAAAACGUGACUUUAAAUUAUUUACCUAAACUACCAAUGUGUAAAAACCUCAAGUGAUUCCUUACUGUUUUGUUUGUGUUACUUUAUGAUCAGAGGGGAAGUCUUUUCAUUUUUUUCAAUUAGUUUUUGACUUUACAGCUUUUGGUUAAAUAUCUUUAAACAUUUCCAUUUUUACAGAUUCUCCUCUAAAUGUGUAAUCAUGAGUUAAUAAAACAGGUAUUCAGAAAAGUUAUUUUUUUGGUACUACAUUAUAAACAACCCUGAGCUGCAAUUUAAGGGCAUUUGUGAACAUUUAGAGGCAAAAGGGAGAUUUUUAAAACGUGAAUGUAUUUGAUACACCCAAAAAAGGAAACGUACUGAUCUUUGUUCUUGGGUCUGGACCUUUUUUAUUUGUGACCUUUUCAGUGCAUUUGAAGCAUCUUGCACUAACUUUCAGGUAACAUUCAGUGCACAGCUCAAUUUGCUUCUAUUUAUUUAUUUAUUUUUACAAACAGAUUGUGUCAGAAGGAACUAGAUUGUGGACUCAUUUGUAAAAGAUUGUAAUGUUUCUGAAAAAAAAGUGGUUUGCUGAGUGUAAUAAAAUACAGUUUGUCCAGGGUAAGUGUCUUGAUUCAGGAACGAAUAGGUCUGUAUUCAACACUAAUUAAAGCCAUGCUCUACCUUUAUGUCAACACUGUGCAGUGGUCAGUUGUACAAUUAGUAUUUUUUAAACGCCUUUCUUCUGUUGCAUCAUCAAAAUUGAUGCUUUUGAAAUAACUGUUUGCACAUGAUAUAUUUAUUUCAGUGCUCUCAGGUAUUGUAGUGCGGGUAUAAUCGUGAAACGAUUGUAUGACAUGAGCCCACUGAAAGCAUUUACGAUGCAUUUAAAACUCGCACCCACACAGCACUGGUAAGCAUUGAAGCUCCACAGUUCGAAAUUAUUCACUUGUGCGUUCUCCCAGGUUUGUUGCCUUUUGACGUGGAAUUUAAAAAGGAUUUUGGAUAGUUUGUCAAUUUUAUUUACAAAACCAUAUUACCGCUUGGACGGAGCGUAGCAUAUUUUUUAUUUUAAAACAAAAGACAAAACAUUUUUGUGUAAAAGUAUUAACCCUCAAAAUAGAUUAUAGAGCCACUUUUUUUCUUUUUGGCAUCAGAACAAGUAGAGGUGAUGCGGUUAGGAGAGUCGUCUUGUGUAGAUUACCGGUUCGAUCCCCCGUUCAAGCCGUCUCAGUCGUCGUAUCCUCGGGCAAGACACUUCAUCCAUCUUGCCAAGUGAUGGUGGUCACACAACUUGGCAUGGUUGUAGCUUACAACCAUCAGUGUGUGAAGAAUUAAAGUCUGAAGAGCUUUGGAGUCCAUAAGGACUUGAUAAAGUGCUGCGAAAGUUCAAAUCAUUUACCAAAACUAAACUCUUUCAUAAGACUGGGACUCGGACAUGUUCUGACCACCUCAGUGCGUCUUCUGAAGGAUUAACCAUUAGGGAUAUAAAUCACCAGCUUUGUCAUGAUACAAUGUUAUGUUGAUUGGUUUUGAUGACAGUAUGUUUCUCAGUAUCACAGUCUGUCAUGAUACAAUUUUGAGUUGAUUCAAUUCACAAUUCUGCGAUCCAUGCCCAUCUAACACCAUCGUGUUAGAUGGGCAUAUGAUGACAAUAUGGAUCAAGGUUUUGCCUUGAUGUAAUUAAUCCUUUAACCAAUAUAUUGGUGUAAAUUGAUGUAUUGUUAAUCAGUACUUUGUUCUGCUCUGCCUCUUUUGGUUGUGCUCUGCCCGCUUCACUUCUAAACGUUUCUGCGUAGGAAGGACCGGCUUUAUCUGUGGUUUAUGAACAGUCAGAGGGAGCUUAAAGACGGGCUGGUCUGUGUGGCCAUUUCGCAGAAUAGUUGAAUAAAAGGAGUACCACACAGCAUGAUGCUGCCACCACCGUGCUUCAUUGUGGAGAUGGUCUCAGUUUUGAUAGGUGUCCAUCUUUGUGCCAGCUGUCCUUGAUGACCAAAACCAUUUCAGUUUGUCUCAUCUGACCACAAAGUCGACUUCCACAUGUUUGGAAAUACCUCACAUUGGAGCCUCCUCAAUCUGUGCUGCUUCAACUUAUGGACAGAUCCUUCUAUCUCUCCAUCGAGAUCUUUGGCCUUUUGGUUUAUUUUCCGAUUCACACCUUCAUUAAUCAGGCAGGAGUAUCUUCUUAUAUUUUUUAAUAAUCAAACUGAACAUCUCUUUAAAUUCUAGGUUAUAAGGCAACAAAUCAACACAGUGAAUGUUUUUGCAACAGACUGUACUUCUCUAUUUAAAAGUUAGAAUAAUACAUUACACAACCCUCCAUUACUCUUUUCCUUCUCCACAACCGUUCUUUCAAAUGUUGAUUUUAUUUAGUUGCAGCCACAUGGAUUCUGAACGGACUGGGUUUUUUGCACCUGUAGAUGGUUACUGUAUGAUGUGUGUUCAGGUUGUGUUGUGAUGUGAAUUCUCAUUCUGUUUUGAAUUUGUGAAUUAAACAAAACUUGCUACUACCA